CGUGAGCAGCUGGAGCGGAGUUGGAGGAAGCGGCGGCCGCGGCGAGGGCGGCGGGCGACCGGGUCGGAGACGGCGAGCUCAAGAUCCGGAGCGGCCGGCGGGUCGGCGCUGGGUCAGAGGCGCGUUGGAGCGGUGCGCGCAGGAGGCCGCCGCUGCAGCCCGGGCCCCGCAGAGGAAGGAAGCCGGCCGGCGGAGGAGGCGCAGCUCGCGAGUGGAGUGGAACAGUAACAUCAGACGACAGAUGGACAGUGUGACAAGAGUGUCGGAAAGGAUUGGGCCUCGCUGUGAGAGUCAGUCUGGAGUCAAAGUGUUGACAAGUUGCUGAAGAGGAAGCCAGGGGGACGACUGUGGCCCAAAGAGGAAGUGCAGCCCUGACUGCAGUCACACCGUUGAUGGAGGACAGAUGGACGGCCGGAUGGCCAGUCACCUCUCCUCUUAAACCUUUGGAGAGUUGUCCUUUGUCUUCUGCUGGACACAUACUAGGAAUCUUAACACACUCUCUGAAUUCACUUUCCAUAGAAACGUAAAAUUAGACUGCUGUGUAUAACCGGACUCAUCUGUUGCAUGCUCACAGAUUCGCAGACAUGAGUGCCGAGGGGUACCAGUACAGAGCGCUCUAUGAUUAUAAGAAGGAACGAGAAGAAGAUAUUGACUUGCACUUGGGUGACAUAUUGACUGUGAACAAAGGGUCCUUACUAGCUCUUGGAUUCAGUGAUGGACAGGAAGCCAGGCCUGAAGAAAUUGGCUGGUUAAAUGGCUAUAAUGAAACCACGGGGGAAAGGGGGGACUUUCCAGGAACUUAUGUAGAAUAUAUUGGAAGGAAAAAAAUCUCGCCCCCCACACCAAAGCCCCGGCCGCCUCGACCCCUUCCCGUUGCACCAGGUUCUUCGAAAACUGAAGCAGACAGUGAGCAACAAGCUUUGACUCUUCCGGACCUUGCAGAGCAGUUUGCCCCUCCUGACGUCGCUCCACCUCUUCUUAUCAAGCUCGUGGAAGCCAUUGAAAAGAAAGGUCUGGAAUGUUCAACUCUAUACAGAACACAGAGCUCCAGCAACCCAGCAGAAUUACGACAGCUUCUUGAUUGUGAUGCCGCUUCCUUGGACUUGGAAAUGAUCGAUGUGCAAGUUUUAGCAGAUGCUCUCAAACGCUAUCUCUUGGACUUACCAAAUCCUGUCAUUCCAGUAGCCGUUUACAAUGAAAUGAUUUCUUUAGCCCCAGAAGUACAAAGCUCCGACGAAUAUAUCCAGCUGUUGAAGAAGCUCAUUAGGUCGCCUAAUAUACCUCAUCAGUAUUGGCUUACGCUCCAGUAUUUGCUAAAACAUUUCUUCAAACUCUCUCAAACCUCCAGCAAAAAUCUUUUGAAUGCAAGAGUCCUCUCUGAACUUUUCAGCCCUCUGCUUUUCAGAUUCCCGGCAGCCAGCUCUGAGAAUGCUGAACACCUCAUAAAAGUUAUAGAAAUUUUAAUCUCCACAGAAUGGAAUGAACGACAGCCUGCACCAGCACUGCCUCCUAAACCACCAAAGCCCACUACUGUAGCCAACAACGGUAUGAAUAACAAUAUGUCCUUACAAGAUGCUGAAUGGUACUGGGGAGAUAUCUCGAGGGAAGAAGUGAAUGAAAAACUUCGAGAUACAGCCGACGGGACCUUUUUGGUACGAGACGCAUCUACUAAAAUGCAUGGCGAUUAUACUCUGACACUAAGGAAAGGAGGAAAUAACAAAUUAAUCAAAAUAUUUCACCGAGAUGGGAAAUAUGGCUUCUCUGACCCAUUAACCUUCAACUCGGUGGUUGAACUAAUAAACCACUACCGGAAUGAAUCUCUAGCUCAGUAUAAUCCCAAGCUGGAUGUGAAGUUACUUUAUCCAGUAUCCAAAUACCAGCAGGAUCAAGUUGUCAAAGAAGAUAAUAUUGAAGCUGUAGGAAAAAAAUUACAUGAAUAUAACACUCAAUUUCAAGAAAAAAGUCGGGAAUAUGAUAGAUUAUAUGAAGAUUAUACCCGUACUUCCCAGGAAAUCCAAAUGAAAAGAACAGCUAUUGAAGCAUUUAAUGAAACCAUAAAAAUAUUUGAAGAACAGUGUCAAACCCAGGAGCGGUACAGCAAAGAAUACAUAGAAAAGUUUAAACGUGAAGGCAAUGAGAAAGAAAUACAAAGGAUUAUGCAUAAUUAUGAAAAGUUAAAGUCUCGAAUCAGUGAAAUUGUUGACAGUAGAAGAAGAUUGGAGGAAGACUUGAAGAAGCAGGCAGCUGAGUACCGGGAGAUUGACAAGCGCAUGAACAGCAUUAAACCAGACCUCAUCCAGCUGAGAAAGACAAGAGACCAAUACUUGAUGUGGUUGACUCAGAAAGGUGUUCGGCAAAAGAAGUUGAACGAGUGGUUGGGCAAUGAAAACACUGAAGACCAAUAUUCGCUGGUGGAAGAUGAUGAGGAUUUGCCCCACCACGAUGAGAAGACAUGGAAUGUUGGCAGCAGCAACCGAAACAAGGCUGAAAACCUAUUGCGAGGGAAGCGAGAUGGCACUUUUCUUGUUCGGGAAAGCAGUAAACAGGGCUGCUACGCCUGCUCCGUGGUGGUGGACGGCGAAGUAAAGCAUUGUGUCAUAAACAAAACAGCGACUGGCUACGGCUUCGCCGAGCCCUAUAACCUGUACAGCUCUCUGAAAGAACUGGUGCUACAUUACCAACACACGUCCCUCGUGCAGCACAACGACUCCCUCAACGUCACACUAGCCUACCCGGUAUAUGCACAGCAGAGGCGAUGAAGCGUGUACCCUCUGGUUCUUCUGAAGUUCAACCACGCUGAGGCCUCGGGAAAGCACAGGGCUCCUCUCCAGCCUGACCUGUGAAUUGAGCUGCGGAAACCAAGCCGCCCAUCUUCAGAUGGGACUCGAGCUUUCGACAAAAAAGUAGUAGGGGAAAACAUGCAGCCUAGUGCUGUGCGAUGACCAUAGGUUUCUGAUCUGGAGUGUUUAUCCUUCCUUUCUUUCCUUUUUUUUUGGUUUAAUUUAAAGCCACAACGACACACGACACAAAGAGAAAAAGAAAUGCAAAAAUCUCUACAUGCAGGGACAAAGAGGCCUUUAACCAUGGUGCUUGUUAAUGCUUUCUGAAGCUUUACCAGCUCAAAGUUGGGACCUUGUAGACCGAGGGUGGAUGGGGCUGAAGAGCCCUGGCCUGAGGAUCUUCGGUCCAGCCUGGUUUAGCCUGGGUGUUGCUGUGCACAGUGGACCCAGACGCAUCGCACUGUGGAUUAUUUCAUUUUCUAACAAACGAACGAUAUGUAGCAGAAAGGCACUUCCGCUCACAAGGCACACUUGGGGAGAACAUCAGCUCACAUAUGUUCAGAGGAAAUUCUGCUGUAGCGAAGUGCCAGAAAGUGUUUUGUUUCAACUUAUCAAAAAACACCAUCCACCAACAGAAAAAUGGAGUUUGGAAAACAGGACUUAAAAUGACAUUCAGUAUAUAAAAUAUGUACAUAAUAUUGGAUGACUAACUAUCAAAUAGAUGGAUUUGUAUCAAUACCAAAUAGCUUCUGUUUUGUUUUGCUGAAGGCUAAAUUCACAGCGCUAUGCAAUUCUUAAUUUUCGUUAAGUUGUUCUCUCAGUUUUAAAUGUACUUUCAGAAUAAGCUUCCCCCGCCCCAAUUUUUGUUGCUUGAAAAUAUUGUUGUCCCUGUUUUUUGUGUUAAUAUUCAUUUGUUAUUCUUUUCCUUUUUUUUUAAAGAAGAAAUGUACAGGAUGCCAGUAAAAAAAAUGGCUUCAGAAUUAAAACUAUGAAAUAUUUUACAGUUUUUCUUGUACAGAGUACUUGGCGGUUAGCCCAAGGUUAAAAAGUUCAUAACAGAUUUUUUGGACUAAGUGUUUUGUUGGGCAGUGCCUGAUAAGCUUCAAAGCUGCUUUAUUCAAUAAAAAAAGAGAAAGAUAUAUGAAUAUGACAAAGUAUCACUGAGUUCAACAAUGUUGUUUCAAGACUCUUAAAAUACGGUACCUGGUGAUGUUUGUUUCAUAAAGAAUUGUGAACUUCUUGAAUCUCGGGAGGGGGGAUGUGGCAGAGAGAUGUACAGGUGGGUGAAGGGAGGGGUGGCGCGGUGUAUGCACUUUCUCUUUCUCAUGGUUGUAGAGAAGAAGUGAAUAACUGCAAGGUGAAGUUGCUUGUACUUCAGUUUUUCCCACUUUGGUCUGCUAGUUAUUAUCAAUUAAUGACAAUUACAAACCUCCUGGAACUCUAACACAGUGCAGCUGGCCACAUAUUUCAGUUCUUAGGAAGGGGGUUAGGCUCCGGGAACAGUGUUCACCUUUGUUGGGAACACUGAUUUCAAAGUAUAAUCUAUAUGUUUAGAAAAUGUGUCCCUUUAAUGUUAGACUACCCAUUACAACAUGCAUUUGUUUUAGAAAAAGCAUGAUCU